AUGCAGCCCCAGCGACGCCGGCGUGAGUCCCUCACGCCCCAGCAGCUGCGUGAGUGGUACGCUGGUUGGGGCUGUAGGGGUGGCGACGCUACUCCUACUACCACUCCUGCUGCUUCUACUCGUGGUGGCGGCCAGAUGCAGCUCCCGCGACCCUCUCGCGUGUCUCUCACGCCUCGCCAGCUUCGUGAGUGGUACGCUCAGAGUGGAGGGUCUCUCAGUGCUGUUCGCUGCUCUUACGUGAUUCGCACUGGUACUCGGACUGGUCAGCCUUGUGGGACACGUAGUCAUACACCGUCCCGCUGCUUCGCCCGUCUGAGCGACGCCUGGCGUACCGUGUUUGGCGAUGAGGCUGAGCUUCCCGACUGGGUGGAGUUGCUUAGGCAGAGGGUAGAUAUAUAUGCUCUUGACUAUGAUGCUAUUCUCACUGCCAUGUAUGCAUUGCCUACUAGUGCUGACCGUGCCGGUCACCUAUGCGUCCCGCCUGAUCCAGGUACAGGUGCGGCUGCUGCUCUAGGUGCUAGUGAGUCUGCUUCCUCAGGUGCGGGUGAGGCUGCGCUUUCAGGUACCGCGUUGGCUUCGGCCUCCCUCACCUUUACACUUGACUCUGGGGCUUCUCGCUCCUUCUUUCGGGACCGCACCACACUCACGCCGCUUGGUCGGCCGGUUGCAGUCUCCCUGGCUGACCCCUUUGGGGGUCCUGUCCUCGCUCACUUCUCCACUGUCCUCCCGUGUCCGGCUGCCCCCUCGGGCACCCUGUCUGGCCUGUACCUCCCCUCGUUCUCGACGAACUUGGUGAGUGGUGCAGACCUACAGGAUGCGGGGGUUCACCAGUUCACUCCUGCGAGUCAGCGGGUGACCCACUGCACGGACGCACGCACAGGCCGGCACCUGGCCACGUUCUCGCGUCGGCCGGGGUCGAGCCUCUACACCCUGACCACUGAGUCUCCUCCUGUCCCCGCGUCCGGUCAGGUAGCAGUGUCGGGUCAGGUGUUUGCUGCUGCGUCCAGGUCUGGUCCUGAGUCUGCCCCCUGUUCGUGUCGCCUCCUGUCUCACGAGACUCUUCUGUGGCACCACCGUCUAGGCCACCCCUCCUUGCCCCGUCUUCGGGGCAUGGCUUCCCGUGUCCUUGUCUCUGGUCUUCCCCAGUCUCUCCCUCCCCUUCCUUCGGGACCAGGACCUUCCUGUGUCCCCUGUGUCGAGGGGCGCCUCAGGGCUGCUCCUCACUCCUCCCAGUUUCCCCCGACAGAGGCUCCUCUGCAGACGCUUCACAUGGACGUGUGGGGCCCGGCCCCCGUCCGUGGGCAGGGUCACGAGCGCUACUUCCUGUUGGUGGUUGACGACUACUCGCGUUACACCUCAGUCUUCCCCUUGCGCAGCAAGGGUGCUGUCACUGAGGUGCUGAUCGACUGGAUCCGCGAGGCUCGUCUCCAGCUCAGGAGGAGCUUCGGCUCGGACUUUCCUGUUCUGCGUUUGCACUCUGACCGAGGUGGGGAGUUCUCCUCUCGCCUUCUGCGAGACUACUGUCGUGCACAGGGGAUCCGCCAGACCUUUACGCUUCCGGACUCUCCAAAGCAAAAUGGGAUUGCUGAGCGCCGCAUUGGCAUGGUCAUGGAUGUCGCUCUGUUACUGUGGACGGGGAAGGUCGGCGAUGCGUCUGCGUUCCGUGUCUGGGGAUCUCGGGCGUUUGUCCGCGACUUGUCUGCGGACAAGCUGUCCCCCCGUGCUGCUCCCUGUGUCUUCCUUGGCUUCCCCACUGACGCUCCAGGGUGGCAGUUCUACCACCCCUCCUCUCGUCGUGUUCUGUCCUCCCAGGACGUCACGUUCGACGAGUCAGUCCCUUUCUACCGCCUCUUCCCCUACCGUACUCCUUCCCUCCCCCCCCCACCGGACUUCCUGGUACCAGUUCCCCCCCCGGUAGACCCCCUCCCCCCUCAGGUUCCUGCCCCUUCAGGUGUGUCCCAGGUAGACACGGUCGAGCCAGUCGAGGUUGCUGCUGAGUCUGGUCCUGCUGCGGGUGCUGAGCCUGGGGGUGCUGCUGCUGGGGGUGCUGAGCCUGGGGGUGCUGAGCCUGGGGGUGCGAGGCCGGGGGGUGCUGAGUCUGGGGGUGCUGAGCCGGGGGGUGCUGAGCCGGAGGGUGCUACGUCAGGAGCUGCUGAGCCUGGGGGUGCUGGGCCUGGAGGUGCGGAGCCUGCGCCUGCUGGACCUGGGGGCUCUCCGGUUCUUCCAUCUCGGCGGGAGCCGCUCUCUCCACAUGAGCUGCGCGAGUGGUUUGCUCGCCGCUGGAGGCGUGCUGCUGGAGCUGGAGCUUCUUCGCCUGCUGAGGGUGCUGCCGGUCCCGGAGCUGCUGGGCCUGCGGGUCCUACUGGAGCUGGAGCUACUGAGUCUGGGGGUGCUGAGUCUGGAGCUGCUGAGCCUGGAGGUGCUGAGUCUGGAGCUGCUGAGCCUCGGGGUGCUACGUCUGGAGCUGCUGUGCCUGGGGGUGCUGAGUCUGGAGCUGCUGAGCCUGGGGUUUCUCCUGCUGCUGCGUCUCGCCGGGAGCCCCUCUCUCCACAGGAGCUGCGCGAGUGGUUUGCUCGCCGCUGGAGGAGUGCUGCUGGAGCUGGAGCUUCGUCGACCGUCGAGGGUGCUGGUGCUGCCGGUCCCGGAGCUGCUGGACCUGCGGGUCCUACUGGAGCUGGAGCUGCUGAGGGUGUUGGUGCUGAGACUACUGCUGUCUGUCCUGGCGGUGGUUCUGCUGCUGGUGCUGCUGGAGGUCCUGCCGCUGGAGGUGUUGGUGGCGCUGGUGCUGUCGCUGAGGGUGCUGGUGCUGUCCCUGCUGAGUCUGGAGCUGCCGCGCGGCCUCGGCCGUACUUCGUUCCGCUCCUACAGCAGGUUCUUGGUCUUUCUCCUUCGGUAGAGUGUCCACAGCCUGUCCAGUCGCAGUCACUGUUGGAGCCUUCCUCUCCUCUGCCUGCUCCCUCUCCUUACACUGGUCCUACUGGAGGUCUUGCUGAGCAUCGUGAGCCUGCGUCUCGUCCCGCGUCGCCGGUUCGUGCUGCUCGCGCUAGUGGUCGCGGUUCGCGUCAGCGUCCUCCUCCUGUCCCUGGCACGCACCGGAUGUCUCUGCGUCCGUGCACUGCUCCUCUGCGUGCCCCUUUGCCUUCUCCUCCUGAGUCCUCUCUUCCUGCGCUUGCCGACCCUGAGUCGGACUCUCUUUGCGCUGCCAGUCCUACUGUCCCGCGUCUGCUUGCUACUGUCGUCACUGACCCCUCUUUUGAGUCCACUGCUGCGUCUGCUCUAGUCGCUGAGCUCGUCGACUUUGCUGCUCGCUGUCGUCUCGACUACGCUGCUAGUCUUGUUGCUGAGUCUGCGUCUGUCUGUCCUCCGUCCGUCGGGGGUGAGUGUGCUCUUGGCACGGACGUCCUAGAGGACAGGCAGGAGGAGUUACAGUGUCUAGCGGCUGCUUCACCUCAUCUCGCGUCUGUACUGCUUGCCCCUGAGGGAGACCCGGAUGCACUAGACAUCCCGACUCCGCGUUCUUACGCGGAGGCCGUAGAGGGUCCCUACUCCUCUCAGUGGCAGGCAGCUAUGGAUGCAGAGAUGGCUUCCUGGAAGUCCACAGGCACCUACGUUGACGCGGUUCCCCCUCCUGGGGCGAACAUCGUCAGUGGCAUGUGGAUCUUCAGAGUGAAGCGGCCGCCGGGCUCUCCACCUGUCUUCAAGGCACAGUACGUUGCUCGUGGCUUCAGUCAGCGGCAGGGAGUUGACUACUUUCAGACCUUCUCUCCCACCCCGAAGAUGACCACUCUUCGGGUGCUACUGCACAUAGCCGCUCAGCGCGACUACGAGCUUCACUCUCUCGACUUCAGCACUGCGUUCCUGCAGGGUAGCCUGCACGAGGAGAUCUGGCUGCGCCGUCCACCUGGCUUCACUGGGACUUUCCCUCCUGGCACCCAGUGGAGCCUCCGACGGCCAGUCUACGGUCUCCGCCAGGCACCGCGUGAGUGGCACGACACACUGAGGACUACGCUUGCGGCUCUUGGGUUUGCUCCUUCUAUUGCUGACCCGUCGCUGUUUCUGCGCACCGACACUUCACUGCCGCCGUUCUACAUCCUCGUGUACGUCGACGACUUGGUCUUUGCCACAGCGGACACUGCUGGACUCGCCUACGUGAAGUCCGAACUGCUGAAGAGACACACGUGCACAGACCUGGGUGAACUGCGCAGCUACCUUGGCUUGCAGAUCACUCGGGACAGAGCACGCCGCACCAUUACCUUGACUCAGUCACACAUGGUGCAGCAGGUCCUUCAGCGCUUUGGCUUCACGUACUCCUCGCCUCAGGCCACUCCUCUGCCUACUCGCCACUCACUCUCAGCUCUGCCUUCGGAUGAGUCCGUAGAGUCGAGUGGUCCGUAUGCAGAGCUUGUUGGCUGCCUCAUGUACCUGAUGACCUGCACACGACCUGACCUUGCAUACCCUCUGAGCAUUCUUGCACGCUAUGUUGCUCCUGGGAGACACAGACCAGAGCACAUGGCUGCAGCGAAGAGGGUAUUGCGCUACCUGUGCAGUACGUCGGGCAUGGGGCUAGUGCUUGGAGGGCGGAGUCCAGUGGUCCUUACCGGCCACGCGGACGCUUCUUGGGCUGACAACCAGGCUACGCAGCGGUCGUCACAGGGUUACACCUUCAGCCUUGGUUCCGGCUCUGUCUCGUGGCGGUCUACUCGCUCGUCUUCGGUUCUCGGCUCCAGUUGUGAGGCUGAGAUCUACGCCGGGGCCAUGGCUGCACAGGAGCUUCGCUGGCUCACCUACCUGCUGACUGACCUUGGAGAGCCACCUCGUUCUCCUCCAGUGCUGUACGUAGACAACAAGGCCAUGCUGGCAUUGUGUCGAGAGCAGCGCUUGGAGCACAGAACGAAGCACAUUGCUCUCCGCUACUUCCUUGCUCGUGAGCUGCAGCAGCGUGGUCAGUUGCGACUUGCGUACGUGGCCUCUGAGGCCAACACUGCUGAUGUGUUCACCAAGGCACUUGCGCCUUGUGACCAUCAGCGCUUUUGCACCCAGCUGGGUCUUGUGCCUGUCUUGCCUCACUUGCUCUCCUCUUGA